AUGAUUUGAGGUUCCAUUUGUUUGAAAAAGUAUUAAAAGGGGAAAACGUAUAAGGUGGACAUCAGUCGCUCCUGUAUUUUUCUACUGUCCGGAAAAAAAAAAUUGAGAGUGAAAAAAUGAAGUUGGUUGUGGUUUUUGUGUUGGUCGUGUUGGGUGCUUGGCUCGCCUCAAAUGCCGAAGCUAAACCAAUAACUGUGACCAAUUUGGACUGUUUGGAGAACCAAAUAUCACCAGCAAAAGUUAUUAUUUCCAGUGAAGUGGCACGACUUGAUUCCAAGCAUGACAAGAAUGUGAACUGCACUUGUGUUAUUUGGCCCUUUUACGAUGAUUACUACGUUUGUGAAGAGGACUUGCUCAUAGAUGAGAACAAAAGGAGAAUCAUAUGCAACAUCGCCUCCAGGAGGUACUGGGAGUGGUUGACCAUCAUGUUAGCCUUUAUCAUCGUAUAUGCCUCUAUUAUGGUUAUACUACUCGUUAAGCAAAUUUGUUACUACAAGAAAAAGCCAAAAGUUUACAAUUUGGUCAGAUUACAAUUACGUCCCAAGGUUGCUGCUGAUGUUAAUGUUGAUGAAUAUAUGUAAGUAGAGUUGUAUUUGUAUAUUCGUACUCUUUUUUUUUUCUAUUUUCCGAAUUUUACAGUAUGUUGCAAUUUAAGAGGUUUUAUUCAAAUUUGGUAGAAUACUAAGAGUUUGUGUUGGUUAUGGAAAUAAAUUGGGUACAAUAGUAAUUACAGAUUGACUAUAUAGUAUUUCUGAUGUGAUAUUUAUCUUUUUUCAACGUCUCAUUUUGCUGUAUUUCUGAUUCCAUAAGUCUGGUUGCAAUGAACUUGAAGGGAUCAAGUAGUAAACAAAUUCAUAUUUAAGACAGUGGAUUUGAGCUGACUCAUUUUUAAGAUUUGAUUAAAUUUUACUGGUUUCCUGACUUAUUGUUGCCCUGACUCUGACAGGUUUUACCUUAAUAGGUGAAGCGACUUUUCUUAUUAUUAUUAGAAUUUUAACUUCAUUUCCAGCUUCUCACAAAAAAAAAAAAAACUAAUUUCAAAUAUGCAGAUGCUUCAAAAAGACGAUAAAACUUGUAAAAAUAUGUAUAUUGGUGAUUAGUCUUAAGUAUAUUUUAGGUAUAGAAAUUUAACGGCAGUAGUAGUAUAUAAUGUGAAGGAAAUCACAGCAAAAACAGUUUAUAUUACGGUAUUUGUUGGAUUUUUCAAUUCUUCACCAGGAC